AGUUUGAGGUCCCGCUCAACGAUGUAAAUGGCCUUCAACAUUUUUUCGCAUAGACGUUAUUGAUGAUACUUUCGUAGUUGGGAAAUCUUCAUGACGCAGUCGAGCCGUUUACAAAAGCUAUUAUGCGCUCGGGAAAUGCUUCCGUUCGACUACACUGCACUGUGCCGACGUGGUGCCCCUCCUCAGACAUAUGCCUUGACCUUCAUGACUUACACGACUUACGGUCACGAUGUCUCUUAUUUAUCCACGAUCUUCUUCAGGCUUUGCGUUCCUCGGGAGUUCACGCGUCUUAUAGUCUCGCGCCGUCGAACUCGUCUCUCUGUCUCGUCUGCGCUUCUCCCCCUGACCUGAAAGGAUCUCAAGUCAAAUCUUUCGUUGUCGACAUUCUGCAGCAUACCAAACUGAGCAAAAGGGAAAAUGUUGUUCUUGCAGAUUUAAAAUCGUGCCCUAGCCUUAUCAUCACAUAGCCGUCUCAAUCGCAUGGACAUGUUCAUUUUCGUUGAUGGGGAUCUUUUGGUUGCAUACAUGUAUUUACCCAGCACUUGUACAUCCUAUAAUCAUCACAUUCUUAACGCGUGGAACUUGAACUACCC